UUGUAAAAUAAAAGUGUGUUUUGUAAAUAACGAAUUCGCCGAAAUAAAUAAAUUUUAAAGUAAAAACGUACUGUAAUAUUAAAAUUUACCCACAAUAAAAACAUUUCAAAGUAAUCUGUGAGUAAAACUCACCAUGGAGGGUGAUUUAAAGACAUUCAUAAUACCCAACGAUUUAUGCCGGCGUACGGGUUUGGCGGCGUCGUGGACGCCGAUAAAUCAAAUGUCGGUUUUCGCCUACGAAAAACGCAACGUACGGCAAAAAGACGGGCCUAGCAAUUUUGCCUCGUCUCAACCGUCCAGUGUGUUUUUACUGCGACAGCACGUACUAUUAUUCCAGCCAAUAUUAAGGAAACUCGUUAACGAAUCCAACGGGGCUUUCCUGAACCUACAGGGUGUUAUAAGCGAUAAAACCCUCGAUCACAAGUCAGAGUUACUUAAGUUGAGCCGACAGUACCGUUCUAUUGUGAGAGCUUGCUUGGAAGACUUGCAGGACGACAUUACGAAGGUCGAAGGGGAAGAUAAAGAAACCCUGCAGGACUACAUAACAAUAUUUUAUUCGAUCGAGUGCAUCUGGCAUUUGUGUGAAAUAUUGUUUGUUGAUACUAUACCUGGCAACAUUGUUUUGCCAUUGUUGCUGGAUUGGGUGCGAUUUCACUUUCCGAAACAUGAGAGGAACGCGGCAAAUAUGCUGUCGGGCGAUUUGAUUGGUUUAGAGGCCAAUCCAGAGUUUUGGCCGACUGUUAUAGGGUCGUUGCUGCAGGGCAGGGUAAAAGUCGUUCGGGCGUUACUAAAGCAACAUUCAGCAUCUGAUAGCCAUGUUUUCAGACUUGUCGAUCAAAUUUUGAAGGCGAUGCCUGUUUAUAAUGUUUUUAGUGGUACUUCUGUUAGUGAGUUUAAUAUUCAGUGGAGGCAUUGGACGGUGGAUGUGCAGUCAAAAAUAGACGCAAAAAUGUUUGUUACUAGUCCAAACUUGAAUUUAAUAAUGAGGUUAGUUGUAGGCGAGGAAACGGCCUGGACAGAAAUACAGUCUCACUGCGAGACGUGGUACGAACUGCUUGCAGCCUGGCUUUUUUACACUGAACCCACAGUGAAAAUAUUUGAGGUCGGGCAGUUCGCUAAGCACUGCAUCACCAAAAUGCGAAUGCGAAACAACAUGAAGCACCUCGACCGCGUUCUUUUAGCCGCGAUGGAAUUCGACGUCUUACAGGUGAUAAAAGAAAUUCAACACAUGUCUGAGAAUGGGUGGUUUGUUACACAUCUCACUGACUUAUUGUACCAUGCUGGUAAAUUAUCGAAUUUAGAAAAGGAAGUAGAAACAUUUUCUGCAGAAAAACUUCACGAAUCGUUUUUACUGGACUAUGGUUCUCUUUUGAUGGGCCACAAAUCUCUAUGGCAAGUGGGGCUGAGUUAUUUGGAUUUUUGCCCCACUGAAGGUUUAAAAGCCAUAGAGUUGAUACUGCCAAGAAUACCUCUAGAAACUGAAGCUAAAACUCAAAAAAUACUCAGGGAGGCCAAAAAUAGAGAACUUGUGCAUGUUGCCCAAAGUAUUUGCAAAGUACAAGGCAUGAAAUCCUUAAAGAGGGGUAGAUUGGGAAACGCCCUAACAUGGGCAUUAAAAUCACAGGACGGCCCAUUCACAUCGUUUUUGGCGGACAAAUUUUUACAUGAGUACACCAAAGAUGGAAAACUGGCCAGCACUGACUUACUGGAUAACCUGGGAUCCUGCAUGCUGGCCAGUGAUAGACUGAUAUUUUUAGGAAAAUAUUACGAGUUCCAUAAAUUGUAUCAGUCUGGGGAAUAUAAGGAAGCAGCCAAUUUGUUGGUAUCUCUUUUAGCGUCGAAAAUAAUCCCAAAUUAUUUUUGGUAUGUUCUUUUUAUAGAAGCAAUACCUCUACUGGAAAGUGAAGAAAUAGUGUUUUCUUCCAACGAUACAUACACAAUUAUACACUGCCUAGAGGAAAAAGAAGACUUACCCGAACUCAAAGACAAAAUUGAAAUCCUACGCUUAGCUGCUGCCAGAAAUUUGUCCAGGGCUUUGACAUAUGAAGCCCAACUAGUUUAAUUUCCCAAUUUUUUAAUAAACUUUUCUAUAUUAAAUAAUUCUUUUAUUCACAAAGACAAUUCAGAAAAAACAUGGUUAAUAGAGCCAUGACCUAAAACAUUAUUACUUAUUAUAUUACCAUCAUUAUAAAUACAAUGCACAGAAAAAUAUUUAUCACUCAGCAUGUAUGGCCACCAUUUUUUAGCACAUGGCCACAUUUUCUCAUAUGGAACAUCUUUAAAAUUAAACCACCGAAUGGGAUCCAUCUCUUCACUUCUUUGUUCAGUCCCGGUAUAUUUUGUGCAAGUAAAAACAUGCACUAUGUGGUCUACAUCUUCAUCCACCACUUCGUACUUAACGACACCCAAAUGAUUUAAAUUCUCCGCCAACAAACUGCAUUCUUCAUAUAGCUCUCUUUUCGCACAAUUUAAUAGUGUCUCAUUUUCUACUUUCCCCCCGAAUCCAUUCCACAGCCCCUUACCGAGUCCGCGAGUUUUAUGGCCCAAUAAUAUUUCCUUAUUCUUCUUCACAAAAAUUAAUGUAAAUAACUUUUGCGGUCUCAUUUUGAGGUUAGUAAACAAAUUCGUUUUUUCCGCCAUUCACCGCUGC